AUGGCAGCAGAUAGCGUUAUUCCGACGGUUUCCCGACGUGUUGAAUGUGGACGGGACACAUGCAACAAACCGCCUUGGCUUCUGCGCCAAACCGACCCCCGAUUUCUCUCCUAUCUUACGGCUCGUUGGUUGUACAUCACCCGAAAAUGGGCCAUACACGCACAGUCCGGGAUGGUUCAUUUCGGUAAUGUGACCGCCAACCGACUGGAGGAUGCAAACGGGCGCCUCAAAGAUCGUGCAAACCACUCCGAAACGUUGGAGCAUGCCACUCAAAAGGUGUCCCGGCACGCCGAGUGGCUCAUGCGGGAGUUUGAGAUGCAUACGUCGAACCAUUGCGACAGGCGUCAAAUCCUGGAAGAUGACGCCUACGUUCUAGACGUAGUCUGUCAAAUGACGAAAUAUGCAUGCUUCCUCUCAGGCGAUGUGACCCCCCUGCGUGCACCUGUUCUCUGUAUUUCGAGAUCAGUCCGUCCGGAGCAUUUUACUUCAUAUCAACCGACUUUACUUUUGAACUCAUGCUCGCUGUUCCCUACAAGUUUGGAAAUAAACCUACUAUUAUGGCAUCAGAUACUGUCCAUUUUUAGUGACGUUGUCCUCAUUUCGCGCGGCACUACUACCCGCAAAUCGCCCAAAUCAUACUUCAUUCUGACGAGGCCACAUGCUUUCCAUCGGCUUACUUGUGAACCGAUGACGACGAUUGACGGUGACAGUCGGAGUGCCACCGCCGGUGGCAGUGACAUAUUGUCCAGCAUCCACUGUGGUUACGACCAACUUCAGCCAACUAAGUCGAAGUCGGACGAAGCACAAAAGACCAAGCGUCGCGUGCGCUUUCCGGACGAUGAGGUGAUCUCGGAUUAUUUAGAACCGUUUCGCCCAGUUCCGGACAACUGUACAAGCGAGGAGCUGAUUGCCGCCUAUUUGGAAUCCUGCUUUCAAUACAAAGUUGCCCCAAUUGAAUUCCUUUUGGAGCAAUUGAAAGGCAUUGAUCUGUCGAUUUGCAAUGAGCGGUAUAGCCGCCUCAGCUUGAAAGGCAUUCGCCUUAAUCGGUUACAAGUCGAGACACUGGAGGAGAUAUUCCGCCGAGUGCAUUUUCGGGAACUUGACUUCGAGGGCACUUAUCUAGAUGACCAGUCAGCCGUAGCAUUUUUCGACAUGCUGUUGCAUUACGAAACGUGUAACGAGCUCAGCGUUACGCUCAAUUUGGACCGAAUGCAUCCCAGUCAGGCGUGGACCCGGUGCGUGACAUUCUUACGACGCUCUUCUGAACUGUGUCGAUUCGCACUCAGUCACACUCCCCUGAGUGUCAGCAAUUUUCUGGGACUUAGCUUCUUUGGUCUGUGCUUGGACUGCUUGUCUUUACGAGACUGCAGUCUUUCUGGCCAGGCUCUAUUCGGUUUGGUUCGUUGGCUCCGACUCCUCUUAUCCUCAACCAGUCUAGAACCGCCUGGACGGGACAAAUCCAACGGGGGUGUUCGAAAUCACAGACGCCAAUCAAACGGUCGCCACGCGAGGCCCACCCGGACUGAUGUGACCAGAUUUUCCAACAAGCACCCAUCCAUUUGGGAAUUGAAGUUGGACUUAUCAUUUAACAAGCUUAACGUUACGGAUGCAGAAACUCUAUUGAUGCUCAUACGCCAUCAGAUUCUGGUCCCACGAGUAACGCAUUCGCCACACCAUAUGCCACCGUCAGGAAAGGACACGUCAGAAGAAGCUUCUGAAAGCCCCACCCCACCCGAAGAAUUGUUGCCGGUUGGUGGUAUAGGCUUUCUCAUAGACCUGGAUGUGUCGAACAAUAAUCUCGGAGAUGAUGGCCUUCGUGUACUAUGCACUGGCCUGCUACAAUGCUAUCGUAACCGCUUGCGCCAAGUUCACUCAGAGCAGCCAACCGUAACAGGACAGGAAGCAGUUGAAGAUGUGUCCUCCAUCUCCACUGAUGACUGUCCCAGCUCUUUCACUCACUCAUCAGACGAAGUAUCAGUGUGUGUGCGUGGGUUGGAGCGACUCUGCGUGGCGAACAACGGCUUAACGGCGUCUGGGAUGCAGAUUGUCGCGUUGCUUCUCAUGCAAACCCCCCAACGUUUGGUUCCUCUAGUUGGAGGUCUUGUUAGCCUGGAUCUGAGCAACAACCCUGGAAUUCGUGAUGAGGGGACUGAAAUCUUGUGCGAUGGUCUUAUAAGAAAUCACAGUCUGAAGGAGCUGUACCUCCGUGCAAUCCGGAUGUCAUUUACCGGUAUUUUUGCCCUUUCUGGCUUCUUGAGCGAAUCCAAGUGUUUGCGUAUGUUGGACAUUCGUUCAAACCAACUGGAUCUCGCUGGUCUUAUGGCUUUGUCAAAAACCCUGGCUCUGAAUUUCACUCUAACCGGCUUCCUUUCUGACGCACGAAGUUUCUCAGCAUCGGACAGUUCUCUCCUUGCGACUGAUGCAGAGCUCAUUCUGUUCCUGAUUGAUGAAAUUGAUACCUAUUUGCGACGUAAUCGUGCGUUGCUUGAGGAAAGCGCUGAUCCGCCCACCGUUACGACCACCACGGUCAGUACUAGUCCUUCCGGCAAACCAACAGACACCGUUAAUGCAACUGUCGAUGUGCAGUCAUCGAGCACAGCUACUAUCGGCAGCUUCUCUGACCCACGUGCCUGUUUAUCAGAAGUGAUCCUCAAUCCCGCAGAAUUCCAGGUAGCGCACGAGAAGUCGGAUUCAUCUAGCAAAAUGGUCCCCUCUCAAAACGUUUUGAGUAAUUUGAACAAUACGAAGACAUCCACCUUUGAGGACACAGAGCUCUUAGCCGUCGGCUCGUUUGGAACAGCUGAUGUGCCAUUGGGCUCCAGUGUCCAUGAAGAAGACCCACCUGCCGCGCAUUUCGUUGAGUCCGUGGUAGAGUGUGCUGGGUUGUGUACGGGGUCAGUUAAAGAUCCCAAUCAGUGGAUGGUCGUACAAAAACAGUUGGAUGAUCAUCCUGGAGCCCCCACUCAAACUCGCAAAAGUGAAAGCCGACUUAUCGCAGUUUCUUCUCAAGAAGACGGCUUGUGUCGGUUUUACGGACAGGAGAUUAAUGCAGGACCAAGUGGAUUACACUGUGUCAGUCUUCAGGAAGAGCUACCCGAACCGCAUAGGGUGGAAAAUGUGCUUGCAGAAAGAAUCGCCAAUGAUGUCAUUGAUGGAAGUGCACGCUUGCCCAAGUGCGUGCAUCACACCGGUAUCUUUCCAUCUAUUGAACAGCAAUGCGGGGAUUCCUCUACCCCAUAUGCUCCCAAGUCUACCGGUAUUAACCAACGGUCCGAAUCGGGAACUGUAAGAUCUUGUCAAGGUGGAGAUGAUUACGCCGACGGAUCGGGGGGACUGCAAAAGCACGCUAAAGCGACGACACAGCAAUCUACACGUUGGGACGAUGGGGACUCUGUGGAACAUCUCUCGACACCACAAACUUGACCCCUGUUCUGGUUGAGCAGGUAAAGCGAAUUCUGUGUUUGUUGCAUUCGGCCCGGGCCCGUUUUUAUAUCCAGUUGCACAAAAUUAACGCUGUAAAUACCGUUGCACCCCUUAAUGACUUUAUUUUAUUUCAUCUUGCUUUGUUCUUUUCUUCCCCGUUUUUGUUGACAUAUCUACACACGAGGUUCUCUUGGUUUUCGUUCCGGCUGUGUUCAUCCACCUCAUUAAUAUUUGUCUUAUGUCCACUGCCAUUCUCACUUUCACCUUUCCGUUUUAUCCUGUUUUUGGUCAAUUGGUUAAGUACAAAUUUAUCUACAGCCU